AUGCUUUUCAUUGGAAUCAUUCGCGAACUGGAAGCUGCGCGGGCUGUUUAUGCGCCAUCCAUGUCUUACUUCUUCUGCGAGAACGACAAUGAAAAAACCAACACCCCCACGGCCGUCUUGAGAUCAUUGAUCUGGUUGUUACUUUUACAGCAGCCACAUCUCUUCUCGCAUAUCUUGCAAGACUACAAGACUUCCGGUGCAGAUAUUUUCGGGGAUACAAAUGCUUUCUGGUCUCUCUGCAGGGUUUUCAAGGGCAUGCUUAAGGACCCUACUCUAGGUCCUACUUAUCUCAUGAUCGAUGCUCUUGACGAAUGCAACAAAACGGCUAGUGAUAGAGCCGAUCUUAGGGUUCUCAAGGAACUCAUUUCCGAUUCUUUGGGCUUGACCGAUCAUGUGAGGUGGCUGGUCACCAGCCGACCAGAAGUCAGGCUGAACAAAGACUUCCAAGACUUUGCCUCGGGAACUAUAGACCGAAUCGAUGUUCAAGGCCAAGGUCGUGCGGUCCAGGCAUACAUCCAUCACAAGCUCUCUGAAAUGCAAAAAAGAAAAAUGUACCAGCCCUUCGUCAUUGGCAAAUUAGCAGGAGAGUUGAACAGCCGGGCCAAUGGUAUCUUCCUGUGGGUGGCUCUCAUUUUCCGCGAACUCCGCGAAUGUGACUCCUGGAAUGUCGAAAAAGUUCUCGAAGAUUUGCCUGAUGGCCUCACUGCUCUCUAUGAAAGGUUGAUGGAAAAGAUCAACUCAGAGGGUCAGCAAACUGCCCAGUUUUGUAAGAAUGUUCUUGUUGCGACCUGCCUUGCCAAUCGCCCCCUCUCUGCAGACGAGCUGGGUGUAUGCGCAGGUCUUCCUAUCCAAGUACCUGCCUCUGAGAUUGUUGUGAAAUGCGGUUCAUUCCUGCGCACUCGUGAAAAUGAUCAUACUGUGUAUCCACUUCAUCAGUCCGUCAGAGACUAUUUGGAGACCAGUUACAUGGCGGGCUAUUUGAAGGAUGGGCCCAGUCAAGGCCAUUUGGAAAUCUUUCAACGCUCAAUCGAGAAAAUGUCUUCCAUCCUCAGAGUGAACAUGUAUGGUCUUCCGUUCGAUACACUCUCAGAAGAUGUGGAGCCCCCAAGCGAAGAUUGUUUGGCUUCGAUCCGAUAUUCUUGCGUGUACUGGGUCGACCACCUCUGCGCAAUAGGCAGUCAGAGUCUCCGGAGUGGGCAUUUGUUCAGUGAGAAUGGGGAGUUACUUACCUUCCUUCAAAAACACCUUCUGCAUUGGCUUGAGAGCUUGAGUUUAAUCAACAACUUCCAGGCUGGAAUGCAGUCAGUCAGAAAGUUGUUAUCCGUCGUCCAGUCAAGUCAAAACAAAAGCUCUGAGCUGGUUGGGCUCUUGAUGGAUGCCGAGAAAGUCGUCUCCAGAUUUCGAUCAAUCAUUGAAGGUGCACCAUUGCAGAUCUACGGUGCACCACUUCUGUUCUGUCCAGAGAAAACGAAAAUCAAGACAUAUUUCUGGAAGGAUCGGCUUCCCUACAUUAAAGGGAUCUUUGGCCUGAACCACAAAUGGGACCCAUGUAUUCAGGUUCUUGAACUUCCCCGGUAUAAGGCUGACUCAAACGACGAGGCCUACGGAAGGUACUAUGGCUUGCACGUGGCCCUAUCGCCAGAUGGAAAGACUUUGGCUGGGAUCUGGAAUGGGAAACUCAGACUCUGGGAUACCGCUACCGGGCUAGUGAAAACAGAUCUUAGAACUAAGUGCACAUAUGUGGCGUUCUCAGCAGAUGGCAGGACCCUCACCCUGAUUGGAGAUCGUGGUGAGAUGCAAGUUUGGAGCAUGACCGACAUUUUAUCAGCUGGUUCACCUGAAAAGACCGGAAAUCUAUGGGAUGGUCAUAAUUCUUCGGAUGCUAUAUGUAUCGCGCCUAACGGAUGCACUGUUGCUAGGGCCCCGCCAAAAGGACCCCUGACAAUCUGGAACAUCGGAGCCGAUACAAUGAAGAGCACAUCUGAAAACUUCAGUUGGAUUUAUGCUUUGGCAUACUCUGCUGAUGGAGCCCAAAUUGCUUUAGCUACCUCAGACGACACUCUUCAAAUUUGGGACGCCGUAAAUGUCACCUGCAGUCGGGUUUUUGAGAACGUGGACCACCUCAGGGCUUACCACACUGCAAUUGCUUUCUCACCGGACUGCAAUUGGCUCGCAGUUGCGUCUGAUGGCAGAACGGCUCUCUGGAACAUUGAGACCGGUGACCACAAAAUCAUCACAGAUGACUCUACCCUUAACCGUUGUCUUGCAUUCUCUCCAAAUGGCCGCAUGAUUGCUUCAUCUGGUCCAUCUUUUAUCGAUAUUUAUGACACUUCUAGCGGCAAACGUGUCAAGACACUGACGGCUCUUGGUGGCAGAUUGAAUUCAAUCACCUUUUUUUCCGGACAGCCAAACACUUGUGACGGCUUCAGAAGAUUCAGACUGUCGAUUCUGGGAUAUCGAGAUCACUGA